AGAGUGGCUAGCGGAAGGGCGGAGAGGUGGGGGCGCGGCUGGAGACGGAAACGGACUGGCAGUGGAUUAUCUAAGGAAUAAUUUAGCCUAGAUGUGUUUCUGCACUUCCUGGAAGAAUGACAGAUGACAAAGAUGUACUCAGAGAUGUGUGGUUUGGAAGAAUACCAACCUGUUUUAUGUUGUAUCAAGAUGAGAGUACCGAAAGAGAAGCGGAACCGUACUAUCUGCUUUUACCUAGGAUAAGCUACCUGACACUUGUAACUGACAAAGUGAAAAAACAUUUUCAAAAGGUUAUGAGACGAGAAGACAUAGGAGAAAUAUGGUUUGAAAAUGAAGGUACCCCUUUGAAAUGGCACUAUCCCAUUGGUUUACUAUUUGAUCUUCAUGCUUCAAAUGCAGCCCUUCCAUGGAAUAUCACAGUACAUUUUAAGAACUUUCCAGAAAAAGAUCUUCUGCAUUGCUCCUCUAAGGAAGUAAUUGAAGCUCAUUUCAUGGCUUGUAUAAAAGAAGCAGAUGCCUUAAAGCAUAAGAGUCAAGUAAUCAAUGAAAUGCAAAAAAAGGAUCAUAAGCAACUUUGGAUGGGGUUACAGAAUGACAAAUUUGAACAGUUUUGGGCUAUAAACCGGAAACUCAUGGAAUAUUCUGCAGAAGAUAAUGGAUUUCGCUACAUCCCAUUUAGAAUAUACCAGACAACACCAGAACGACCUUUUAUACAGAAGCUAUUCCGUCCUGUUGCUGUAGAUGGACAGCUACAUACACUGGGUGAUCUCCUAAGAGAAGUGUGUCCCACUGCAAUUAAUUCUGAAGAUGGUGAAAAGAAGACUCAAGUGAUGAUUCAUGGAAUAGAACCAAUGUUGGAGACGCCAGUACAAUGGCUAAGUGAACAUAUGAGUUAUCCAGAUAACUUUCUACACAUCAGUGUUAUUCCAUUGUCUGCAGAUUGAAGUGUCAUCAUGUUUGUCUGAGGAUCAGCCAUUGUUGGGGACAGCAAAAUCUACAGCUAAGUUCAAUCAAGCUUGAUGAGAUUGACCUGACCAAAAAACCUUGCUCUUGCAAGCUGAAGAGGAAGAAAGAUCCUUCAUGUGAUAACAGUAGUUGAGCUGGCCAAUUUUUGCAUAGCCCCUUUUUCCCCCAGUGUCAUCAUUAACUUUGAAUGUGGCGCAUGAAGGCUACUGCAAAUUUUCUAUUUUUCUAAUGGUAAAUAUGAAGUGGAGAACAUGAGGAAUAAAUUGAAAUAUGCACCACUUUGUUUCUUAUUAAUCAAUAAAGGAGGGUGUUUCCCAAAGUUGUAAUGACUUACCUUUAAAAUAAAAUCUGAUUUAUUCUAGAAAAU